UUCAACAAAGUUCAGAACAAAAUUACUUAUGCAUGAAUAUAAUAUACUGAGUAGAAAUAUAUACUACGUAAAAAAUUACCAUUACAGUAUUCAAAAGUAUUUCACUAUUUCUGGUGGUAGAUUCUAAUCAUUAUGGAAAGAUGUCCCGCCGUGCAGUCCUCCAUUUCCUUUGUGUGUUGGGAGUUUUUCACAAAGGUCAAACCGCUCUGAUUGAAUCCCAGCACACCGUGUUGGCGGCUUUAGGAGACAACGCCUGCUUGAACUGUCAGCUGAUGCAGUCUAAAGAUGUCGUGCAGGUCACGUGGCUGAAAAGUUUACCUGAGGGGGAGAAGAAUCUGGCUUCUAACCACAAAAUCUACGGUCACAAAGUGAAUCCUGACUACGAAAGUAAAGUGGAGUUUAAAGCUGCGGGACUGCAGAACAGCUCCAUCGUGAUCAGGAACGUGACAGACCGAGAUCAAGGAUGCUAUCUCUGUUUGUUCAACACCUACCCUGAUGGUGCCCUCACUGGGAGAACAUGCCUCCAGCUCUAUGAGCUGCACAAAGCCGUUCUACAUGUCAGAGAAUCAAACUCUGCUGAAGAGGUACUUGUGUCCUGCUCGGCCACAGGUCGACCUGCUCCCACCGUGACGCUGACUGUCCCCCACUGCAACUCCACCAGCAUCACCAACACCAACGGCACAGUCAGCGUCACCACGACGGCUGUGCUGUCUCGUCUCAGUCACAACAGCUCGCGGGUUGGAUGUGCAGUGCGAGUGCUCUCCGGU